CUCUCAGCUCUCAACAAACCAUGUCUCAGGCUUCCUCUAGUCAGUGUGAACAGUUGGAAUAGUUAAUAAUAAGAAUGCACUUAUCAUUAAUUUCAGAUAAAACACAUGCAUUCUCAAUAUUUAUGUUCAGUCGAUUUAACAGAUUAGAUGCAAUAAUGGAAUCAGUGCAUGUUCUAUAUGUACAGAAAUUACACAGCAAAGAUGCCUUAAUGGAUUGAAAUGAGGUUUCCCCCAGGUACUCUGGUUUCCUCCCCUGGUCCAAAGACAUGCAUGCUUUAAGAACGGGGAAACGACGCUGAUUGGCUGCAGCUGCUUUCCCACUGAGGUUGCGUAGACUGGAUCAGGAACUGGAUGUAGAAAAGAUUUCUCUAUCUGGAAAAAAAUGGCAAAGAGGGAUGCGAGCACUACGAAGUUACCAGUCGAUCAGUACCGCAAACAGAUCGGAAAGCAGGAUUAUAAGAAAACCAAGCCGGCUUUGCGAGCCACACGACUGAAGGCAGAGGCAAAGAAGAGCGCUCCAGGAAUCAGGGACAUUAUCUUGGUGAUCAUGGCCUUGCUGGUCUUCCUGCUGGGGGUUUACGCCUUCUUCUACCUCAACCUGAGCACCGAGCUGAACCUGGACACCGACCUGGACUAAAGAAGAAGAAGAAAAAAGUGAUGAAGGAUUCUGCGAGGUUGGAGGCUGUGUUACAAUCAGAAAGUGUUCUUCUCUGACAGAACCUCUCAGUGCCCUUCUUGACUGCUAAGAACCCAGUGAUUGGACCUUUUGCUUUGUCUUUAAAGAUGCUCAACAUCUGCUUUUUCACAUUUUUAUAAAAUGUUAAUUAUUUCCUAAGGGACCAAGAGUUAAUUAAUUGAGGGUAGUUUACCAUACGUGGCUGUUAGGAGUGAGUCCAAGGAGUGAACCAUGAUUAAGUCUUUCUUUGCUUAAUGAUCUUUUUUCUGUUCCAGUGCUUUCUUUGAUUUUAUAUUUUCUGGGAUUUCUGGAACACCCUUAUUCCCCACAGCUCAGGAAAUUAAAGGCAUAAAGCUGACUGAGUGUGUACAGCAUGAAGAAUAUUGUGUGUGUGUCUGUGUGUGUGUGUGUGUGUGUGUGUGUGUGUGUGUGUGUGUGUGUGUGUGUGUGUGUGUAGAGAGCUUGCCCAGCUUAUUAGAACCUUAAAUAAUCAUUGUCUAUAAAAUCUCUAGCAAUAAAAGAAAUCAUUUUGUCAUAAAGAUCUUCAUGAGCUCUCUGCUAAUGAUAAUCUGUGAAUCCUCCAUUACUUAAGAACCUGCCUGGUUCACAAGGACACGUGAAAAAUAUCAAGCUUGACAUUCUAGAUGAAUUUGGAUGUUAAUCGUGUAAACAUUCAGAACCGACUCGUUUAAAGUUGCUUUACGGUAUUAUCGUCUGUGUGAAACUUCUUUUGCUCAGGAUUAGUGUUCAAAACAUUUUGAAAGGAAGGAUUACUGUUUUCAUCAGUUGGUUUUGAAACAGUUUUUGUACCCCAUUUGUUUUGAAGGCUUUUGAUGGAUCACAAUAAAAUAUAACUUGUUUACA